UACACUGUAACGUAUCAUCUGGACCAAAUCUUUGUCUAUGAAAGGAUUUCCUCAAAAUAUGUAUCUCCUUCCUCUGGUUCCAUCCCCGACGGAACAAACCCAAAGCACGAUGGCGUGGUUUUUGAACACGGUGCUCUUUCUCUCCAUCACUGGGACUCUCACCGAUGCCGCGUGUCACUGUAACACUGCAGCUGCCUGUGCCGUGUUCCCCUCUACUCCCUGUAGCCAGGACGGUUAUCCAGACAUAUGUCAGCAAGGAUGGUACGGUUCCCAUUGCCAGAGACGAAAUAUUGCUAUAGGACAAAGUGCCACACAGAGCAGUACAUUCACUGAAAACAGUGACAAGACAGGGUAUACAGAUCACAGGUUCGAGGCCAGGUACGGCGUAGAUGGCAGAGCUACCACCAACUUCUAUAGCAAACCAUUCACAUGUACACAUACAGCCACAGGGGAUCCACAUCCAGCUUGGACUGUUCAUCUGGGCAACUCUAACACAGACAAGAUACAACACAUUAAGCUGUAUCUACGUGAUGGCUUCUUGGACAGAAACAAGGGCAUGAAGAUAUAUGUCGGUGGUCAGCUAUGCUUCCAGUGGUCAAGUGACACAUACCCACCUGCUAUAGCUGACGUCAAAUGUCAACAAGCACUGACAGGAAACAACCUCACUAUACAGACAAGCAAUUAUGUCGCGUUGUGCGAGGUGCAGAUAUUUGUUUGCAGUGACGGCUGGUUUGGUGAGGACUGUGACAAACAGUGUCAUUGUUCACUAAACACAGAAGUAUGUGACAAGAUCACUGGACAGUGUGUGAGUGGAUGUUCUCCAGGAUACAUGGGGACGGACUGCCAAACAGCGUGUCCAGACGGUUACUAUGGCGACUGCACCUCCAGAUGCGGCAGCUGCCUCAAUGCUGCCUAUUGUGACAAGACUACAGGUGUCUGUCCAGGGGGUUGUGCAGCAGGGUGGCGAACUGACACCUGUCGUCAACCAUGCCCAGAAGGACGUUAUGGUGCCAGUUGUGCGUCUCCGUGUGGUUACUGUCUGGACAAUGAUGUCUGUGACAAGGUGACAGGGAAAUGUCCUGGAGGAUGUCAGCCAGGAUGGUGGCCAGAUUUAUGUUCACAGGUUUGCAGUGAUGGUCGUCAUGGACACCACUGUCAGUCUGAGUGUGGCCAAUGUAAAGGAAACCUGCCAUGUAACAAGGUCAAUGGAACAUGCGAAGAAGGAUGUCGGCCAGGGUUUCAAGAACCAUUUUGUAAAGAAUGUGUGGAUGGUAUGUACGGGGAUGACUGCAUGUCCCGAUGUGGUCAGUGUAAAGACGCCCUAACCUGUGAUAAGUCCAGUGGAGAAUGUCCAAAAGGAUGUCAGGGUAACUUCAUGAAGCCCCUGUGCCAAGGUUGUCCUGCAACAUCAGGGUACUCAAACCAGGUAGUGCCAGUUGUAGCAACACUUGGGACGUUACUCGUCUUGUCUCUGAUCACUCUCCUGACAGCUAUCAUUUACAUCAGAAGACUGAAAAUGCAACUGGAUGUCUCACAAAAGAAACCCGAAGAUAACUACUUGUCUUUAGACGAGAGGACCAAGGAUCCAGUUGUGGAGAACACAUAUGAGCACAUCGACGAUGCCACUCCUAAUAUUAGUGUAGGCGACGACCCUCAGGGCCGUAUUUGUUCCAUCCCUGAACGAACAAACCCAAGACUCAAUGGCGUGGUUUUGACCACUGUGUUGUUUUUCUCCAUCACUGGGACUCUCACCGGUAGGAAGUUUAAUAGGUGUUAUUGGUAUGCUAUGCCCAUGGAGAUGCCGAAUGUCACUGUAACACUGCAGCUGCCUGUGCCGUGUUCCCCUCUACUCCCUGUAGCCAGGUCGGUGAUCCAGACAGAUGUCAGCAAGGAUGGUACGGUUCCCAUUGCCAGAGACCGUGUCCAGAUGGUUACUACGGAAAUUGCACCUCCAAGUGUGGAAACUGCCUCAACGCCGCUGAUUGUAACAAGACAACAGGCAUCGGUCCUGGAGCAUGUACAGAUGGCUACUAUGGUCCGAAGUGUGGCUUCCAGUGUGGCAACUGUGUGGAUGGUGAUGUUUGCAUCCAGACAAAUGGAACAUGUCCUGGAGGAUGUGCAGCGGGGUGGAUUAAUGACACGUGUAAUCAAGUGUGUGAAGACGGGAGGUACGGCAGCGGUUGUACGUCAGAAUGUGGUCCCUGCAGGAACGGCACAGUAUGUGACAAAACUAACGGAACCUGCGGGAGUGGAUGUAAUGGAGGGUAUUCAGGUGCCCGUUGUGAGCUUUUCAACAGAAUUUCAGGCCAUUCCAUAUGGAGCAAAACACCCACAUGACGUCGGCAAGCAGCUUGAAAACAAGAUGAAGAACCGCUUCCUUGCUCUGUAUCCAUAUGAUGAAUCGAGGAUAGUGUUGGCAGAUGGGGAGGACUACAUCAAUGCCAAUUACAUCUAUGGUUAUGAUGAUACUCAGAAGUAUAUAGCCACACAAGGACCCAAGCCGGGAAUAGUCAUUGACUUCUGGCGGAUGGUGUGGCAGGAGGACGUCUCACAGAUAGUCAUACUGACGAGGCUGAUGGAGGUGAACAAGAAAAAAAGUGCAAAAUAUUGGCCUGAUGCGACCAAGACCGAAAGCUACGGAAACAUCCAGGUUAAUAUCAAGGGUGUGGCAACAAGAGCUGAUUACACAAUUUCUACUUUCCUGGUACAAUGUUCUGGUGUCGAGAGAACUGUGACGCACUAUCACUUCACCUCUUGGCCUGACCACGGUGUUCCUUCUGCUCCUGCCCUCGUCAACUUCUGGAGACUGGUCAAACAGGGGGAUAUGGAUAUGGGACCUAUGGUGGUGCACUGCAGGAAUAGAAGGAAGCCCAUAUUGUUGAAUGAUCUUCCUCUAACUAGAUUCUGCUCAAAUUCAUAUUGUCAGGAAGUUUUUUCUUUUUACGUUUCAAGCGCCGGAGUGGGGAGAACAGGAACAUUCCUUUCCCUGGACUACCUGAUGGAUGAAGCUGAGAGUGACAACAGGGUCAACUUGUACAUGUGUGUGGGCAAAAUGAGACAGAACAGGAUGAACAUGGUCCAGACAGUCAGUCAGUACGAGUUUGUCCAUGAUGUUGUUCUGGAAGCACUCCACAGUCGGGGAACACUCUACACUUUGCCAGACUUUGACAAAACAUUUGGCCUCGGAGAAUCCUUCACGACUCAACAGCAGCUCAUGCUAAAGAAAGAAUUCAAGUCAACUCUGCAUCUGUCAAGCCUGAUCGUCACCCAGACCCCGCUACCAGACACUGUGGGUGACUUCUGGAGACUUGUGUAUGACAAUGACUGCUUCACCAUCGUCUGUCUGGAUGACGCACAGUCGAUCAGUUUGUUUUGUCUCCAAUCCCUGGACAUGCUGACCAAGACUGAAGCCCUUCAUGAGCUGGUCAGUAGAGUGGACAGGAUCAUCAGCUCUACUGACCACAAGGUUCUGGUGCACUGCCAUGACGGCGCCGGAGCGAGUGGUGUGUUCUGUAGCGUCCUGAACAUCAUCACCAGGCUGAAGUUGGACAGAACAUUGGACGUCUUUCUCACCAUUCGGGAACUACAGCGUGUACGACCCCAGUUCAUACAGACCCUUGAUCAGUUCAAGCUGUGCUAUAACAUGGUUAAGGAAUAUAACCGUGCUUCCAACGUCUACGCCAAUCUGUGAUAAAUGUGUGAUA